AAGCGCCUUUCUUGGUUUCCUUGGUUCGAGACAGCUGUAUUGCGCUGCAAUGAUCCGGCACAAAGGCUAACCACUAAUGUGUUUAUUUAAUUUUACAAGAAACUCGUCAACAUUGAUAAAUUCGUUGAAAAGCAAGAACGAGAACCAAACAUGAUCGUGAAAAAGGCAGUCUUCCUUUUGCAGCUGCAGGUGUCAUUUCUAACCACACAUGCUGCAGUUUGCCCUUUUGCAAUGGAUUUGGCGUUCCUUCUUGACUCAUCUGGCAGCAUUGGAGAAAACAAUUACUUGGACAUGAAAAGAUUUAUCAACGAAGUCAUUGAUCAUUUUCACAUAUCUCCGAAAGACACACAUGUGGGUGUGGUAAGUUUUAGUACCCAGGCGCAAACAGAGAUAAGAUUCACAUCCAAGCAAACUGCGGAUGCAAUAAAACCGUCUGUUCUUAACAUUACCUAUCAAAACGACCUUACAUACAUUGACCGUGGCCUCAACAAAACCCAUAUGGAUUUGUUCUCUGCUCAGGGUGGAAUGAGGACGAAUGUGCCACACAUUCUAUUAGUGAUUACUGAUGGAAAGAGCAACAGUGGUGAGCUAAAAACAAGGCAGCAAGCUCAAUACUUAAAGGACGACGGAAUAGUGAUCUUUGCAUUGGGAAUUGGCUCCGGGAUCAAAAUGACCGAAUUAAAAGCUAUGGUUUCUAUGGAGCCAUAUGUGUUUCUCUUCUCCUCAGUUAGGCAGAUGGUACCCUCGGAUAAGGCUUCAGACAUUGCAUUGGCUCUUUGUGCAGCUGCCAGAACCUCGAACGCAAUCAUCCACCCGGUGAUCACGCAACACUCACUCCUUCAGCAUACUGUAGUGUCACGCGUGACAGCAGACGAUCUGGAAUGCGCGUUCAUGUGCAUCAAACACAGCUUGUGUUACUCAUUUAAUUUCCACGCACCAACUCGCCUUUGUGAGCUCAGUAACGCGAGAAAGGCUGAUCAUCUUAAAGACUUUGUUUACGAUCACAGUUCUGUCUACAACGAAUUGAUAUUUGUGUAAAAUUACGUAACCAUGAUAACACCACUUAAAAUGAUUUCUAACUAGUGUAAGAUAAAAAAAGGUAACAGUCGACGCUCAAACCAAGAGGGCCAUCCGGCUGGAGCUUACCCGAGUUUCUGUAGCAUGAAGCGACUGGGGGUAUUACCAAUCCCCUUAUCCCGGAUGGGAUGCGCAUCUAUUAAGUAAAUAAUGUAAAUGAUCUUCAUGUGCCUAAUGUCAGGGAAAACUGUGUGACUGGUUCACUUAUUAACAUACUGCCCUACUGGCAUCAUUUUAAAGACAAUUUUAAUUAUGUGCUUUGGU